GACCAUCGGAUUGGCUGAUGGAGAAGGCGUUGACGCACGUUGGCCAAUCGGGAAUGAGAUUUGCUUAUCAUCGGAAGUGUUCGGCACAGUUCGGUAGUGGGGGCGGAGUUGAGCGCGUGAAUGGAUGAUGCUUUUCUUCACCGAUGCUCAAAAGUGACUUACAUCUUCUGACCCUGAUGGUCUGAAACUGAAGGUCUGAUCCUGUUGGUCUGAUCCAGAUGGUCUGAUACUGAUGGUCUGAUCCAGAUGAUCUGGUCCUGUUGGUCUGAUACUGAUGGUCUGAUCCAGAUGGUCUGAUACUGAUGGUCUAAUCCAGAUGGUCUGAUCCAGAUGAUCUGGUCCUGUUGGUGUAACGCUAAUCUUCUGAUUCUGAUUGUCUGAUCCUGUUGAUCUGACGCUGAUCUUCUGAUACGGAUGGUCUGAUCCAGAUGAUCUGGUCCUGUUGGUCUGACACUGAUCUUCUGAUCCUGUUGGUCUGAUACUGAUGGUCUGAUCCAGAUGAUGUGGUCCUGUUGGUCUAACGCUGAUCUUCUGAUACUGAUGGUCUGAUCCAGUUGGUCUGAUACUGAUGGUCUGAUCCAGAUGAUCUGGUCCUGUUGGUCUAACGCUGAUCUUCUGAUACUGAUGGUCUGAUCCUGUUGAUCUGAUGCUGAUCUUCUGAUACGGAUGGUCCGAUCCAGAUGAUCUGGUCCUGUUGGUCUGACACUGAUCUUCUGAUCCUGAUGGUCUGAUCCUGUUGGUCUGAUGCUGAUCUUCUGAUACUGAUGGUCUGAUCCUGUUGGUCUGAUGGUGCUGAUCUUCUUAUAUUGAUGGUCUGAUCCUGUUGGUCUGAUACUGAUGGUCCGAUCCUGUUGGUCUGACGCUGAUCUUCUGAUACUGAUGGUCUGAUCCAGAUGAUCUGGUCCUGUUGGUCUGAUCCAGAUGGUCUGAUAUUAAUGGUUUGAUCCAGAUGGUCUGAUCCAGAUGAUCUGGCUCUGUUGGUCUGACACUGAUCUUCUGAUCCUGAUGGUCUGAUCCUGUUGGUCUGAUGCUGAUCUUCUAAUACAGAUGGUCUGAUCCUGGUCAUCUGACCCUGAUGGUCUGAAACUAAAGGACUGGUCCUGCUGGUCUGACCCUGAUGGUCUGAUGCUGAUGGUCUAAUCCUGAUGAUCUGAUCCUAUGUUCUAAUUUAAAACCAAGACCAAAAAUUUCAAACCAAACCAUCUCCUCUGCUGCCCCAGCCAUUCAACACCAUUGAUUUUUCUCCGCUCCAGCAUGGACUACCUUCAGAUGAAGCACCUGAAGAGAAAGCGGAAGAGUAACUACAGCGUAAAGGAAACUCAAACCCUGAUCCGAGAGAUCCACAAACGGCGUGAGAUUUUGUUUUCGCGGCAGCAGAACAUGGCCAUCAACGAGUUGAAGCGGCGCGCAUGGGAAGAAGUCGCGGACAGCGUCAACGCUCUGGGAGAAGGAGAGCUACGGACCGCGGCUGAGGUCAAGCGACGUUACUUAGACUGGCGUGCCCUUAUGAAACGAAAACAGCUUCAGGCUGAGCUGGCGUCGGGACUGAAGGCAGAGUUUGAACCUUCAUCUCCGGAUAAUGAGGCAUCUCCGGGUGGCGGUGACCAGUCACUGGAUCUCAGCGGGUUCUCCAAGGACUCUGCCUGUGAAUGGCAGGAUCUGACGGACCUCGGAGAGCCGAGCACUCACACCACUGGUGUUAAAAUGGAGGACGAUGAGACCAGCAGCUACAGAUUGGAGGCAGAGGUCGGAGAGUGUGGUGAGGGUGAGGAGGAUGAUGAAGACUGCUUUCCCUCCAUCCUGCCUGAUAUGGACCGGGAGGGGCGCGUCCAAGAGGUCUUUGCUCACAUCGAUGAAUUUGGCAUGUUGAGCUCCACAAAACCUACAUCAGGAGCAGCGUCCGCCCGAGACCUGGGCAUCGGGAUCGGCAGCGUGACCGCGAUGGGCGUACCGGGUUUGGGCCUGGCUGGUGGGGACAGCACAAGUCUGCUGGUGGCGCUAGAGAGGCAGAGAUUGGACCUUGAGAAGCACCGCUUGCAGGUGGAGUCUGAACGGUUGCAGGUGGAGAAAGAGCGCCUGCUGGUGGAGAAGGAGAGGUUGAGGCAGGGGGAGGUGGAGAGAGAAAGGUUGCAGCUGGAAAAGGAACGUCUGCAGGUAGAGAGAGAGCGAUUAAGACUGCUCGUGCAACAAAACACGCCCCUCCUGCAAAGCCCCGCCCCUUCGACAUCCACAGCCACUCCGACCACUUCAUCCUCCGUUCCCUCCUCAUCUUCGUUGGACGGAGAGAAGGACAGGAAGACGUCCUGGCCUUCGGCAGUGGAUUUGGAGGCAGAGAAGCUGAAGUUAGAGAAAGAGCGCCUCCUGCUUGAGAAAGAGAGACUGCAGUUUUUUAAGUUUGAGUCGGGUAGACUGCAAAUAGAGAAAGAGCGCCUGCAGGUGGAGAAAGAACGACUACAGCUUCAUAAAGAUGGUCAGCAGAUGGCCCUGCACUCUUGAAGCACAAUUUACAUUUAUGUGUUUGACAGACUCUUUUAUCCAAAGUGACUUACAGUGCACACACUUGAUAGUCGAACCUCAUGGUAAACUACAGGAACACAACCAUUGGUCAGCCUGCAGCCGCCUUCUGUUAAUGAGAUUUAUGUGAUAUUGACUGAGUCAAGUAUUGUGGAUUGAAAUAAAAUAAAUGUACCAAUCCUGAUGAACCUUUUACAAGA